AUGGAGACAUUCAUACGUAGUUUAGAAGCCAUGGGACAGUGUCAAGAAAGUUAUGGUAGCUUGUUAGUGCCUGUUGUGUUAGAAAAAUUACCAAGUGAAAUUAGAAAACAGCUAGCCCGCGAAAACGUUGAAAAUAACUGGCGACUAGAAGAUCUACGAGCUUCUAUCAAUCGAGAAAUCUGCAUCAUGGAGGCUGGUACGGCGCGCAGUGAACCGGAAGUCGACGACUGCGAGGCUACAGCAGCAUUUUUCAUGGGAGCGAAAUCUAAGAAAAAACCACAACAUCUCGCGCAAUCAUCAUCCGGAAGGUCUUAUCGUAAAGCUGACAUUAAGUGUGCAUUCUGUGAACAAGGACACAAAUCUGUUGAAUGUAAAACUCACUGUGAUACUAAUUCAAGACUUGACAUCGUGAAACAGAACCGCUUGUGUUUUAAUUGUUUAAGAAAACAUCCCGUCGCUAAAUGUAAUUCGAUCAAGAGAUGCCAAAUUUGUAACCGGAAACACCAUACGGCAAUUUGCAGCAGACGACAAACAGCUCAGCAGCCGAAUUUAUCCCCAACAGAAAUUACGCAGACACCGGAAGCAGGAGUAUUUCAUUCAUCAGCAGAUCUACACGGUAAAGGAGUCUUGUUGAAAACAGCCAUAGCAACCGUUUCGCCAACUAAAGUACAGCUAUAUACCAACAUACUGUUCGAUGAAGGUUCACAUAAAUCCUUUAUUACGGAAAGUUUAGCAGAAGAACUUGAACUCACCAGAGACGGUACAGAGACAAUAUACUUGUCAUCCUUCGGCUCUACUAGUAACAAGAUAAUGCAAGUAGACACAGCAACAGUUUACCUAGUAACAGACGAAUGUCAGAAAAUACCAGUCAAAGUCCUGAUUGUACCUACAAUAUCAACGCCUAUCAACAGCAGAUUACAGAAUACAGCUUCAAAAUUACCAUACCUUCGUGGAUUAAAACUUGCUCACCCGGUGACAGAAGACAGUAACUUCACCAUUUCUAUGCUUAUAGGUGCAGACUUUUAUUGGAACAUAGUAAAAGACCGUAUAAUACGUGGAGAGGGACCUACAGCUGUCAAGUCGAAGAUAGGUUACUUGUUAUCUGGACCAGUCCCAGCCGAGAGCGCGCACAGUACAAAUCACGUCUGCAAUGUAAAUACGUCACACUUUUCUCCAGACAUGCUUGAACGAUUUUGGAGCCUAGAAAGUAUGGGGAUUACACAGACUACUGAAGACAACGACAAAUCAGAUUACUUUAAAAAUUAUCAGCAAUCGUGCAUAGAAUUCAAAGAUAGCAGAUAUUCGGCUAAGUUACCAUGGAAACUAGAACAUCCGCCGUUGCCAACCAACUAUGAGGUAACUAAGAAGAGGACAGAAAACACCAUAAGAAGACUACAGAGAGACCCGUAUCUACUACAAAAAUACGACGACAUAAUUACAGAGCAGGAACGCAGAGGUUUUAUAGAAAAAGUCAUUACUGAUACCCCACCCACCGGACAAGUCCAUUAUAUACCCCACCACCCAGUCAAAAAGGAAUCUUCAACUACACCAAUUCGGAUCGUGUACGACUGUAGCUGUCGACAGUCACCUAACUUACCUAGUUUAAAUGAUUGCCUGGAGUCGACCCCGCCGAUACUUAACGAUCUUUCCAACAUACUAGUCAGAUUUCGUCUCCACAAAUACGCUGUUACAGCAGACAUAGAAAAAGCCUUUUUACAUGUAGGAUUGGACGAAAGAGAUAGAGAUGCUACUCGAUUUUUAUGGUCUGGUGACAUUCUAAACCCGAGCAGUCCAUUAUGUAUUUACCGUUUUAAGGCAGUUUUGUUUGGAGCUACAUGUUCUCCGUUCAUGCUUAGUGCUACCAUUUUGAAGCAUCUAGAACUCAACAAACACGUGCAGGCAGCGGAAGUCAUCCAGAGAGAUUUAUACGUCGACAACGUCCUGUCAAGCUUUGAAUCUGAGUCGUCUGCGUGUACCUACUUGAAAGAAGCUAGAUGUCUGAUGAGGAAAGCCGGUAUGAAUCUAAGGUCAUUGACGUCGAACAGUGAAAAAUUGCGAUCCUUGGCGGCAGCCGACGGAGUACUUGACAAUGACGUCAUCAUCAAGGUACUUGGAAUGCAAUGGAACCCAAAUACAGAUGAACUGUCAUUUACCAAUAGAAAUAUCCCAAGCUUAGAUGUAAUAACCAAGAGGACAAUUCUCAAAUUCUCGUCACAGAUAUACGACCCUCUCGGUUUACUUAGCCCAGUUACGGUUCGAGCUAAGAUCUUACUUCAAGAGCUCUGGAAAAGUAAAUACGACUGGGACAUAUUCCUACCGGAAGUUAUAAGAGACAGAUGGAACCAGCUUGCAGAAGACCUGAAUAGAGUCACAGACGUCAAGUUUUCAAGACAGCUAUUACCUACAUAG